AUGCAGGUGGAUCGGAGCUGUGUGGUUUCCAGUGCUCGGUGUACGUGGCUGCUUUUACUUUUUUCAACUCUAAGCACCAGGGUCAAUGGGGUGGGAGGCACCCACCAAAGCAUCCCUCCGUCCGUGGUGAAGCUGUGGGCUUCAGCGUUUGGUGGAGAGAUGAAGUCCAUCUCAGCUAAGUACUCUGGCUCCCAGCUGCUGCAGAAGAAAUACAAGGAGUUUGAGCGGGCUGUGCGGGUGGAGGAGAUCGAUGGGCUGCGGCUGGUAAAGAGGCUGGCUGAGAACAUGGAGGAGAUGUUUCACAAGAAAGCCCAGGCAAUGAAGAGACUGGUAGAGGCGGCGGAGGAAGCCCACCUACAGCACAAUGAGGAUCCAAACCUACAGUAUGAAUACUUCAAUGCGGUGCUGAUCAAUGAGGUGGAUGAGGAGGGGAACAGCGUGGAGCUGGGAGGAGAGUUCAUCCUACAACCCAAUGAUCAUUUUAACAACCUGUCAGUCAACCUCAGCCUCAGCGUGGUCCAGGUGCCCACCAACAUGUACAACAAAGACUCUGCAAUCGUCAAUGGAGUGUACUGGUCUGAGGCCUUGAACAAAGUGUUUGUGGAUAACUUUGAGAGAGACCCAUCACUCAUAUGGCAGUACUUCGGCAGUGCCAAAGGCUUUUUCAGGCAGUACCCAGGAAUCAAAUGGAAGCCAGACGAACACGGAGUCAUAGCUUUUGACUGUCGGAACCGGAAGUGGUACAUCCAGGCUGCCACCUCUCCGAAGGACGUAGUGAUCCUGGUGGAUGUUAGCGGCAGCAUGAAAGGUCUGAGGCUGACUAUCGCCAGGCAGACUGUUUCCUCCAUACUGGACACUCUUGGAGAUGAUGACUUCUUUAACAUCAUAGCUUACAAUGAGGAAUUGCAUUAUGUGGAGCCAUGUCUGAAUGGAACUCUGGUCCAAGCAGAUAUCACUAACAAAGAUCAUUUCCGGGAACACCUCGACAAGCUGUUUGCUCAAGGCAUCGGUAUGUUAGACAUCGCUCUGACUGAGGCCUUCAAUCUCCUCGGUGACUUCAACGAGACUGGGAGGGGAAGCGAGUGCAGCCAGGCUAUUAUGCUGGUGACAGAUGGGGCAGUGGAUACAUACGAUGCCAUCUUUGCCAAGUAUAACUGGCCAGACAGGAAGGUCCGCAUAUUCCCUUACCUGAUUGGUCGAGAGUCAGCCUUUGCAGAUAAUCUGAAAUGGAUGGCAUGUGCUAACAAAGGCUACUUCACUCAGAUUUCCACACUGGCAGACGUGCAAGAGAACGUGAUGGAGUAUCUCCAUGUGCUGAGUCGUCCCAAGGUGAUCGACCGGGAACACGACACAGUGUGGACGGAGGCGUACAUCGACAGCACUUUGGACGACGGUCAAGGACCAGUUCUGAUGACCACAGUGGCCAUGCCAGUGUUCAGUACCAAGAAUGAGACUAGAAACCGUGGAAUCCUUCUCGGGGUGGUUGGGACUGAUGUGCCAGUGUCAGAGCUGCUUAAGACUAUCCCCAAAUACAAGUUGGGCAUUCAUGGCUAUGCCUUUGCAAUUACCAACAACGGCUACAUCCUGACCCAUCCGGAUUUGAGGCCACUUUACGGAGAUGGCAAGAAGCGAAGGAAGCCAAACUACAGCAGCGUGGAUCUGUCUGAGGUGGAAUGGGAGGAUAAGGAUGACACGUUGAGAAAUGCCAUGGUCAACAGGAAGACAGGGACCUUCUCCAUGGAGGUGAAGAAGAGUGUGGACAAAGGGAGACGAGUGCUGGUUUUGCACAAUGAUUACUACUACACAGACAUCAAAGGGACUCCUUUCAGUCUAGGAGUUGCUCUUUCUAGAGGCCAUGGAAAGUAUUUCUUCAGAGGCAAUGUCACAGUGGAGGAAGGACUUCAUGACUUGGAGCAUCCUGAUGUGGCGCUGGCAGACGAAUGGACAUACUGCAACACAGACGAGCACCCAGAGCACCGCUACCUGUCGCAGAUAGAAGCGAUCAAACUUUACCUCAGUGGACACGAACCUCACCUACAAUGUGACAAGGAGCUGAUUCAGGAGGUUCUGUUUGACGCCGUUGUGACUGCCCCCUUAGAGGCCUACUGGACCAGCCUUGUGCUCAAUAAAUCAGAGAACUCUGAUAAAGGGGUGGAGAUCGCUUACCUGGGCACAAGAACAGGGCUGUCCAGAAUCAACCUGUUCGUGGUGCCCGACGAACUUACAAACCAAGACUUCCUGACAGCUGAAGACAAAGAGGGAGUGUUCAAUGCCGAUCACUUUCCCCUUUGGUACAAGAGAGCGGCAGAACAAGUUCCUGGCACCUUUGUUUACUCGCUGCCUUUCAACACAGGAUCAGAAAACAAGAGCGUUGUAUUGGCCAGCACUGCCAUUCAGCUUCUGGAUGAGAGGAAAUCACCCAUAGCUGCGGCUGUGGGCAUCCAGAUGAAGCUGGAGUUUUUUCAGAAGAAAUUCUGGACCGCCAGCAGACAGUGUGCAGCACUCGAUGGGAAAUGCUCCAUAAGCUGUGAUGACGAGAAUAUUAACUGCUACCUCAUCGACAACAACGGCUUCGUUCUGGUAGCAGAGGACUACACUCUGACAGGGAAAUUUUUCGGUGAACCAGAGGGAGCUGUAAUGAGUAAGCUUCUGCAGAUGGGCUCUUUCAAGAGGGUCACCCUAUACGACUACCAGGCUUUGUGUUGGGUCUUUUCAGAGAGCAGUGCCAGUGGACACACACUGCUGGAUCCCUACUUUGCCUUCUUCUCGGUUGUGAAGUGGAUCCUGACCGAGCUUGUCAUAUUCCUGGUCGAGUUCAACUUGUACAGCUGGUGGUACUCUGACCUCACCGCUAAAGCUCAGAGGAUGGGUCGCUCCAUGCAGGUACCGUGCGACACCGAGUACCCGGCGUUUGUCUCCGAGAGAACCAUCAAGGAGAACACCGGCAACGUCGACUGUGACGGCUGCAUCAAGUCCUUUGUGAUUCAGCAGAUCCCCAGCAGUAAUCUCUUCAUGGUGGUGGUGGACAACAAGUGCGACUGCAGCAUGUUUGAGGCGAUCACCAUGGACCCCAUCGAAAUCAUGUAUAAUGAAUCUCUCAAGUGUGAGAGAUUGAAGAUGCAGAAGGACAGGAGGCGCCCUGACACCUGCCACCCAUUUCACCCAGAGGAGAACUCGAUGGAGUGUGGGGGAGCAGCGAAUCUCAACCCGUCUCUUGUGGCCACACUGCUCUGCGUACUCGUGGCACUGUUGCCUAGGUGACCAGAGCUGGCCACGCCUGUCCAUCAAGAACUUGACUUGGAUUGGAUUGGCUCGGCAUGCAAAAGAAUUGCAAUGAUGCCACAGAAAAAAACACUCCUGCCCCCUAAUAAAUUGUGCCCAAUUUCAACUCACCACCUACAAAGUCCCUAGCCCGGUGGUACCUCCCUACGAGGUACAUAUUUGAGAGGAUUAAUAAUGGAUAGCUGUUACGGCUGCUAAGUAGUAAUCAUUAAGGUGCUUUAGCAAUAUCACAAGAGCUGCACAGAGAGAUUUUUGGGGAGAUACAAAGUUAAAAACACAGUAAUAUUGCUAACAAUGCACUUAGUAGCUUAAAAAUUGCACAAGUGGUCUAGUAAAACCCACUGACACUGACACCACGACGUUCAGUCCUUUCAGGUAGCAGCUAAGGGCUGGGCUCUGUAGCUGGGCUUGGAACUGGGCAUUAGAGCCACGUUACACCCAUGUGGAAAAAGACAGAUGCACCUUCCCCUGGCCCACUCUGACUUUUCAUGGACAAUAAUGAUUCUGAAGAUAAAAAAAAUGCAAAAAAAAAAAAAAUACCGAAAAUGAAGAUGAUUAUAUGUGGGUGGGGUUGUAAUGAAAUGUUUGUCUAACAAUCUUUUUUUUCCAUGAUGAGAAAAAAAAAAUAAAAGUUCGAGUAUAGAUAUCUAUAUAUGAAGAAAAAAAAAGAGUUUUAUUUAUGAUUUGCAAGUGGUACCCAUAAACUGUGACUAUGAGAUUUUGAGUCCUCUGAUGUGAGUGGUUGUUAAUAUUUGAGCUUUGCCUUAUUGAACGAUAUUGGUCCUGUUUGUGUACUUUUGAAAUAAAACGAUGUUUAAAAUUUA